UAUAAGAUGAGAUGUGACCGGAAGAUUUUUGCAACCAAACAAUGAGGCUGCUUAGUGGGUUUUCCUUUCCCUUUCUCUUGGCUCUCACCAUCAUUGGAUAUGUAUCAUCAGCAGAAAAAGAUAGGUCCACUUACAUUAUCCACAUGGAUAAGUCUCACAUGCCCAAGGUCUUCACUGGCCCACACCACUGGUACUCCUCCACCAUUGAUUCCAUCAAGACCGCGAGCCCCGCAACCUCCGACGGCCACCAAUCGCCGGCAAGGGUUCUAUACACUUACGACAACGCCGUCCAUGGGUUCAGUGCGGUGCUUUCCAAAGAUGAGAUGGAGACUGUGAAGAAGUCACCGGGGUUUCUGUCGGCUUACAGUGACAAGCAAGUGACGUUGUACACCACCCACACGUUCGAGUUCCUGUCGCUUAAUCCGAUCACUGGGCUCUGGCCGGCGUCGAAUUACGGGAAGAACGUCAUCAUCGGCGUGAUCGAUAGUGGCGUGUGGCCAGAGAGCAAGAGCUACCACGACGAGGGAAUGACGGCAGUUCCCUCAAAGUGGAAAGGAACUUGUGAGGUGGGACAGGAGUUCAACUCCUCGUCAUGUAACUUGAAGCUCAUUGGUGCUAGGUACUUCAACAAGGGCGUGAUAGCUGCAAAUCCCAACAUAACAAUCAGCAUGAACUCCGCAAGGGACACCCGCGGCCACGGGACCCACACUUCCUCCAUCGCAGCCGGUAGCUACGUAGCCGAAGCCUCCUACUUUGGCUACGCGACCGGAACAGCCAGAGGCGUCGCACCCAAGGCCAGACUCGCCAUCUACAAAGCAACCUGGGACGAAGGUCAAUACGCUUCCGACGUCAUCGCCGGCAUCGACGCGGCCGUUUCAGACGGGGUCGACGUCCUCUCCAUCUCCCUCGGCCUCCGCUUCAGCACUCCUCUGUACGAGGACCCGGUCGCCGUCGCUUCCUUUGGAGCGAUGGAAAAGGGCGUGUUCGUCUCCGCUUCCGCCGGAAACAACGGCUACGCCACCGGCCGCGUCCGCAACAGCCGCAUCAGCAACGGAACCCCGUGGGUCACGACCGUCGGCGCGGGCUCCGUCGACCGGUGGUUCUCCGGGACUCUGACUCUGGGAAACGGGUUAACCAUCACCGGGUGGUCCAUGCUUCCGGCUCGAGCCAUAGUCAAGAACGUCGAGCUAUAUUACAACGAAAGUAUGUCUCCAUGCGAAUCAACCGAGCUGUUCGAUAGCUUGAAUACGGGUUCUCGAAUCGUGAUUUGCGAAAACAAACAACAGACGGAAGUCUCUUCCGACAUGGGUUCUAUUGCCAAUUCUGCCGCAGGGAGUGUAGCAGCAGCUAUAUUUGAAUCCCACUGGCCCUUAACGGACGACUACUAUUUCGAGUACAGGAAUUUUCCUUUUCCGGGAGUCGUUAUUAGCUCCGAGGACAUGAAAUCCGUGAUCGAGUAUGCCAAACUCGGUUUUACUUCAAGGGCUAGUAUUAGUUUCCAGGAGACCAGGGUGGGAACGACACGGGCCCCAGCCGUGGCCUCUUAUUCCUCGAGGGGUCCGUCCCGAUCCUACCCGGGGAUUCUGAAGCCUGACAUAAUGGCGCCCGGGACCUUGGUUUUGGGUUCUUGGAGUCCGGUUCAGUUCGCGACCAGCCUCCGAGGCAUGUUGUUGGCCAGCGAUUUCAAUAUCCUGUCGGGCACAUCCGGGGCCGCCGCUCACGUUGCGGGCGUGGCGGCCAUGUUGAAAGGAGUCCAUCCGGGUUGGUCCCCGGCGGCGAUCCGGUCGGCCAUGAUGACAACCGCGAACCCACUCGAUAGCACCCGCAAUCCGAUCCAAGACAACGCGUACAAUCUGGCGGUGGCCUCGCCGAUAGCGAUGGGGGCGGGCCAGAUCGACCCGAACAGGGCGCUCGACCCCGGGCUCGUGUACGAUGCUGCUCCGCAGGACUACGCGAAUAUCCUCUGCUCCAUCAACUACACCGCGAGCCAAAUCAUGACCAUCACGAGAUCAAAGGGAUAUAACUGCUCGAACCCGUCUUCUGAUCUCAAUUACCCGUCGUUCAUUGCUCUGUACAACAUCGGCGAAGUAGGAAGGUUUGUUCAGAAAUUCGAGCGGACUCUAACGAAUGUAGGGCGCGGUGGGGGCACGUAUAAAGCUAACGUGACGGCGCCGGAAGGGACUACUGUCACAGUCUCGCCGAAAACACUAGUGUUCGGCAAGAUCUAUGACAGGAAAACUUACUCUCUCACCAUGAACUAUCGAGGUCUCGGUAAUAGACUCAGUAUUUCUGGUUCGAUUGUUUGGGUUGAAGAAAAGGGGAAGCACACCGUGAGGAGCCCGAUUGUGGUGGCGCUGAAGUACGAGCUCCACUAGGUCUGAUCGAUCAUUGUUUCUUUGUGCAUCUAAUAUGUAUAGAGCGUGUCGGAUACAGAUAUAAUGUCCGUAAUACACGCUCACAUAUGACGGGCUUCGUACACACUACACCUCCACUGGUCUGCCCUAUGCAAGUACGUGUGUGAAUUUGUGUGUAACGCAAAGUCUUGUUCUUUUUCGUGUUGGCAUUUAUAUAUUGCUCUUGUCAAUCAACUUCGGUAUAAAGUAUGCAAUAAAGUUUUCAAUUUGACAAUGCAAA